AUGGGACACCCUACAGAUAUGUGUCCCAUUCUCCAAGAAGAUGCGGAACAUGUGAAUGCCACGGGAGAGUUCCAAAAUUACCACAACAAGCCAUCCGGUUACCAAAAUGCUUACAAUUCAAGUUGGAAGCCAAAUCCCAACACGAGCUACAAACCAAGACCAUUGCCUCAAAAUGCAUUGGUUAGACCAUCCUAUCCGCCACCACAACCCCAUUACCAACAUCCACAACCACACUAUCAAUCCAAACCGCACCCUCCACACCACCAACAACCUCCUCAAUCCCAACCAGGUAGCUCCGGAAUGUCUCUCGAAGACAUUGUCAAAUCCCUAGCCACAAGCGCCCAACAAUUCCAAAAAGAGACAAGAACUAGUAUCUCUAACCUUGAAGCGCAAAUGGGAGAUAUAGUUACAUCCAUAAGCAAGUUGGAGUCCCGUGGGAAAUUUCCUUCUCAAACCGAAAAGAAUCCUAAUCUCAAUGUGGUGACCUUGAGAAGUGGCAAACAAGCCGAAGAAAUUAGUUCAAAGAAGAAGCCAAUGGAUGAAGAAGAAGAAAUAGAAGUCAUUCCCAUUGAAGAACCUAUGGUCAAUAACGAUGCACAAGCCAGAGUUCCGAAGAAGACUAUUCCCCUCGAGCUUUGCACCAACAAGAGAAAGUUGAAAGGAAAUGAGAAAAUCUCGAUGAACGAAAAUGCAUCCGCGGUUUUACAAAGGAAGCUUUCACCCAAAUGCAAAGAUCCCGGAAUGUUCACGGUCAUUUUCAAGAUUGGAGAUGUCACUUUUAGUAGUUCUAUUCUUGAUCUUGGUGCCUCUAUCAAUGUCAUGCCUUAUUCGGUGUAUGAAUCAUUGAAUGUCGGACCCUUAAGUGAAACCGGUGUCAUAAUCUCUCUUGCGGAUAAAUCAAGUGUCUUUCCUAGAGGUGUUUUGCAAGAUGUCCUAGUGCAAGUAAACCAAUUAGUCUUCCCAACGGAUUUCUAUGUCAUUGACCUAGAUGAACAAGUAUCCUCAAAAUCGGGCAUAAUCUUACUUGGGAGACCAUUCUUGAAGACGACUAGAACAAAGAUUGAUGUAUAUGCGGGAAGCUUCACAAUGGAAUUUGAUGGUGAAACAAUAAAUUUUAACAUUUAUGAUGCUAUGAGGUACCCUAGUGAUGUUUCAUCGUUGUGCUUUGUUGAUGUUGUUGAACCAUUAACCCAAGAGUUGUUCGAGUUGUCUAAUGGUGACAUGUUGGAGAUGGUUUUGAGCAAAGGGUUUGAUUGUGAAAAAUUAGCCAAGAAGUUGAAACUCUACUUACUAGACCCAUUAGUCAACAAUUUGGAGAUCAAGAAGACCACCCAAUUUAGUGUGAAGCAAAUUGAAUUACCUCAAACUCACACGAGAUUGCCGCCUUCCCUUAUCCAACCUCCAUAA